UUCCUUCCGCCUUGUAGCCGCCAUGUUUGUAUGUGUGUGUGACUUCUUUUGAUGCUUCGCAAUGAAAAUGAAAUUAAAGUGGAAAUGUGCAUAUGUUUACUUGCAGCUCGCUGAAUUUGAAAAAGAUCUUGAAAUGUAUGUACAUAUGUAUGUAUGUAUGUAUGCACACGCACAAAACCAACCAAGUGCCUUAAUAAAAGAUGAAAAGUAAAAGCGUUUGUGCAAAGCAAGUGUGUGUUAUUUAAUACGAAUAUGUUUGAAGCGAAUCAAAAGCUGUGAAUUAAAUAGUGCAAUAAUAAAAAAUAAUAGCUACACAAAAACAACAAUAAUAACAGCAAACUGCAAGCAAUCUUUUAAAUAAAAAUAUGUGUAUGCGAGUGUGUGUGUGUUGGUGUGUGCACUCUAUUGUGCAAGAAGUGUCGUCCAGUCGCGUUAAUUGAAAGACAAAACAAACAAAAACUCACAAAACAGAGCGCACACAAACCAACUGUAUAUAAGCAAACAUACAAAAGUACAUGUAUGCAUGUUUGUAUGUAAGUGCCAACACAUACAUAUAUACAUAUAAGCAGCAACUUUGUAUUAAUCGUGCCAUUAAGUUGACGCGUCGACCAACACCCGCUGACAUAUAGACUAAAAGAAAUGUAUAUAUCAUACAUACAUACAUAUAUAAGUAAAUAUAUAGAGUACACUUGUAUGUACAUACUUAUGUAUUUGCAUCUGGAGAUCCGCUGGCAGUGGGCAGUAAUUGAGCGAAGGCUGCAAAGAAAAAGUGUUUAUGGGUUGAACUGCUGCCUAAUUUAAUGACCUUCACUGUACACUAAUGCAAAUAGCAAUACAAGCAGCCUGAAAGCACGCUACAGUAAUUGUUGACAUGACGACCGACGAAGUGAUUUUGCGGCGCGACAAGGCCGCAGCAAAUGGCGAACCUUUCACCGAGCCGCCACCGCGUCUACGCGGCCAAAGCGCUUACUUAGCGCUGCUCAGCUCGCUGGCAACGGAUUUGGAUAUUAUGCUCAAUGACCUGCGCUCAUCGCCAGGGUCGAGACUACUGCCGCCCACACAUCAUUUACAUCAGCGCAGUGCUUCCAACUCAUCAACUGCCUCAUCACCGUUAACGGUUGGCGGCGCAGGUGGUGGCGGCAAUGCGGGUAGUGCCACCGGGCAGACAACAACCGGCUAUCUGCACAGCGCUUUGCGGAGCAACCACAGUAAUCAAUUUGGCCAACAGCAAGCGGCGAAUGCACAACGCCAAACAACGCACGUGCAACCGGAGAAGCGACAACAACAACUGCAACAGCAGUCUAAGCAAGCAGCCAAAGUGCAAGUAAUACCAGCUGCGGCCACAACAACAAUAACAACCACAACGGCAGCUACAUCCUCCAUACCGCAACGUUAUAAUCGCUAUCAAUACCACAACCAACAACAACAGCAACAUAAGCCAGCGCAAACGCAUCGUUGUUGCGCCUCGGCGGCAAAUGCUUGCAAUCAAGCGAAAAAUCGCACUGCAACAACAACUAAAACAGCAAUUGGCACAACUAAGGUAACCGCCACAGCCUCCACCGCGAAGGCAGCUAAAACCCAAACAGCAACAGCAACAACAACCACAAUAACCAACAGCACAACGCGUUAUCAGCAGCGCCACAAUCCACAUGCCACAAACAGGUUGCACACGUCCACAGUCACUCCGCGAGCUCCACGACGACUAGCGUUGGACAACAAAUGACCCGGUGGCGGCGAUGCUAGGUACAGCGGAUGCGAAUCGGCGGCAACAGCCGGAAAUGUUGUGCCACUUGCUGAUGACGACGCCGCUGCUGUUGCAACGCAUUGCAGUGGUCUGUCCGCCGAGGUGCGUCGCAUAGAAAAACUGCCUUUGUGGUCGUAUCAGCACAAACAGUUGCAGCAGCCGCAAAGGUUGCAAGUACAAUUGUUGCAACAACAACGCGCCACAAAAGCAAUAGCCGUUAUGCAUACAGCAGCAGCAAAAACAAGCGCUAUAACGGGCGCUUCCACGUCGCUGGCAGCCAGCAAACAAGACGCGGUCAGUAGGAUGACACAUUUAGGUGGUUCCGACGCGUCAAGCGGAAGUGCUAUUAGCGGUGGUGGUCCGUAUGGUGCUUCCGCACGUCUUGGUGUGGCAAGCGCAGCAACUACAACCAGUGUUACAACACUCACGACGGCGCAAGUGAUGGACUAUACACGCGUCGAUGGAUAUGGCACAAGUGGUGGCGGCAGCGACGCAUUCCGAUUGAACUGGUUGCAGCCAGCGACAAUAUUUUUUGGGUGA